AGCCUGUCUGUCACUGCGGGCACUGAAACACAAAACCUUUUCCUGGAAACUGAUUCCUGGAACUACAAACUGAACUGAGCUGUUUUCUGCCGUUGACUGAAUAUAAAGCUCACAGCCUCAGUUUCACUUACAGCAGACCACCAGACAACACACAGGGAUAUUAUCUUUUCUCAUUUUUUAUGAGUAGAGCAGAUAGUAAAAAGGAAUAUUUUCUCUUUUUCGUCUUCAUCAGAGACUAUUCAGCCAUGAUGGUUUAUUAUUUACUGUGAGGAACUGCUGGAUUAUUCACUGGAAUGUUUUUCAACUGUUUACCAAACUGGAUUUAUGAUUCUCUUUGAUUUUAGGACAGGGCUGCUGUCAGUCAGAAAUGGUUGCCCGGGCUUUGGCCAUCGUCCAUCAUGACGAGCGAGGAGGUUCCUGCCGCUCACAUCCCUCUCCUCCACCCUGUGACCCAGCAGAGGACCUCCGCUGCAUCACCACCACUUUCCACUAUCUACAGACGUCAGGCUGGUACUGGGGCUCCAGCUCAGCGAGUGAAGCUCGGGCAGCUCUCCUAGAACAGUCUGAAGGCACGUUUCUGGUGCGGGACAGCAGUCAUCCUCGGUACAUGCUGGCCCUGUCGGUGAAGACCCGCUGCGGACCCACCAGUGUACGCAUCGAGUACAGCAGGGGCUCUUUCUGGCUGGACUCCAUUUCCCCCGGCCUGCCUCCCCUGCAGUCCUUCCCAGAUGUUCUCAGCCUCAUACAGCACUACACAGCCUCAGGCAGCACGCCGCAGGGCCAGGCGUCUAACGGCGUCCAUCCCCAAACAAAGCGUGACCCUGCCAAGCACACGGCUAAGGACAACGGAGUGCCUCUGAAGCUGACGCACCCGCUGCACAAACCAGAGGCCUUCCCUUCUCUGCAGCACUUGACGCGCCUCACCAUCAACAGACACACUAGCUGUCCCGACCUGCUGCCACUCCCGAUGCCUCUGCUGCGCUACCUGCAGGACUACCCCUUCCACAUAUGAGGGUCUCAGUCUUUUUGGUGCAGGACACAGAGACCGUGGGUCAGUCAGGGUCACACUCCACGACCACACACUGGAAAUCUGGGACAGUUUGACACCCAGGCAACGGCAAGCGGCCCAGAGGAAGAACAUUGACAUGAAUUAGCUCAGUCUUACAGUGCUACUGAGAGUAAUAUUUUUAUUAUUAUCAUCUGUUUGUUUCAGCUACUUUAAAUUGAUUUUGUUUCUACAAUGCCAAUAUGUGUCUCCUGGCCCUAUUUCCCACCAGUAAGAACAGAGUCACAUAGGUUUUUGCAUGUUUCAGACCAUAAAUCAGUAAAAAAAGAAAAAAACAGCCACUGGUUGUUUUGUUGUUCCCAUAGAGAUAUCAUCGGAAUAAUUUUGAUUUAUGUCUUGUUUUCCUUUGUUUUGGAGCUUAUCGUGCGGGGCCCCGAGGUUCACUAAGAGUGUUGAACAAAGCAAUGUUUAUUCACUCUUCACAAAAUCAAUGAACCUGAUGAACCACGGCUGAGCCAACAGAGAUACACAGGACACCGAGGAGGUCCGCACACUGUUUUUAAGGCAAUGUUUCGAUCUGUAAGUUCUUCCUCAGGCAAGUCAACAGUGAUCUCAUGUAACACUUUUGGGCACUAUCAUAGUCAUCACACAAUCUCUUGUCUUUUCACCCUCCUUUUUAUGUCGUGGCUGACCUGACACAGCAUGCGUUUUUAUCAUUAUUUUGUUUGGAGCCACAAGAGGUUUGUUCCCUGCUGAGUAACACUGUAAUGACUCUCAUGUCUGGAUUUUAUUGGACAAUGCCAAUCACAGUAUAAUUAAAAAUUCAAGGGUACAUUGAUAAGACAUGUUGUUACCAAUAUUAUGAGGUCAGGCUGACACUACAUGACACAUGACAUGACACAUGGGUGACAAGUAAUUUUAAAAGAUAUAAUAAAAGACAAGGUAAAGUGUG